GAAAAAAGAAGAAGUGGAUGAAGGAAGUGAACACACUGACACAGACAAAUCGCCAGAAAUGGGGAAGAAGUAUAUAAAACUCAAACUUUCACAACAUUCACAACUGCUGCACAGACAGUACCAGACACAGAUUUCAAGAUGAAGCUGUUCUCUGUACUGGUGAUGCUGACAGCAUGUGCUGCAAGACCUCAAGAUUUGUCUGGUAAAAUGUUCACUUUCCCACUGGAAUCCAACACCGCUCAUGUGAGGCUGAAUGCGUCAAGAUUGGAUUCCAGUUCUUUAACACUCUGUCACAGAUCAUUUACAGACCUUAAAAGAGACCACGUUUUGUUCUCUCUGGCUACACCUGUUCAUUCCAAUGACUUCCUGAUCUUCUGGGAUUAUACAAAUAAAGAGAUUGAGCCCCAUAUCAAGAACAGGAAAGCUGAAUUUGGAGGACGAGACUACAAGCCAAACAUGUGGCACUCUAUCUGCACUACGUGGGACUCUGAGUCUGGACUGGUGCAGAUUUGGUUUAAUGGGCUACCUUCGAUUAGGAAAUUUGUCAGCACUGGAACAAACAUCGUAGGACCUGUUAUAAUAAUUUUAGGACAGGAGCAAGAUUCCCACGGUGGCGGAUUUGACCUUAAGCAGUCUUUCGUUGGCAUGAUGUCUGACGUCCACUUGUGGGAUCACAUCCUUUCCUCCUGUGAAAUUCAAAACUAUGUGGAUGAACUAAACUUCACGCCAGGGAACGUGCUGAACUGGAGCGCACUGGAGUUUGAGAUCAUAGAUAGAGUACUGAUAGAAAAUAAACUCAUGACGUGUCACUAAUCAGAAAAUUACAAAGUCAAAAAUCUGGUCAAAUAAACUACUAAAGAAUAUUUGAUGAUUUUUUAAACCCUUUUACAAUAAUCAUAUGAAAGCGUUACACUGGUCGCUGUGAUUACGUUACAUGUUGGUUAAUCCAUGAGCAACAUUGAGAACAAAAACUGGUGAGCAUGAAUAUAAAAAAUAAUUUUACGAAUUUCUAAUUGUAAAUUUAUUGUAAAAGAUGAACAAUAAAUUGACAAUUCAUCAACUUGUGCUAUAAAUGUU